UCAUUCAUCUAAUACAUAGUUAGAAUGGCAAUCUCCAAAGACAACCUCAACACCCCAAAAUCUCACUAUGCAUCACAAAUCUUUCUCAGAAUAUUGGCCAUUGCAACUACCCUCUCUGCUGCAUGCCUUAUGAUCACCAACAAGCAAGCCACGCUUGUCUUCGGAAUCCAAGUCGACGCCCGUUACUCCUAUUCCCCCGCUUUCAAGUUUUACGCAUUCGCAAAUAUUGUCGCGUUUGCACUGUCAGUUUUGUCAAUGAUUGCCGUGUUCUUGAUGGAGAGAAAGCCACUCAACUCAACCUACUACUUCUGCUUAUUCCUCCAUGACUUGACUGUUACUGUUUUGUUAAUGGCUGGAUUAGGCGCCGCGAUGUCGAUUGCAUAUGUGGGCAAAUUUGGCAACUCCCACGCCGGUUGGAUGCAGAUUUGUGAUCAUUUUGGCAAGUUUUGCAACAGAGUGAUUGCUUCUUCAGUUGUUGGAUUCUUGGGACUUUUUGUUUAUUUAAUCCUCACUAUCGUCUCCGCUAACCAAUCAAGGAAAAUCCCACCUUCAAUUUAAAGCUAGAUUUCUUUAUGUAAUAAUGUGUAGUAUUAAUUUGUUGGUGUAUUAAUUAUAUUCAUGUAUGGGUUUGGCCGAAUCCAAUUGCUUGUCUAUUUAAUUACGAUCAUAAUAAAAUCAUUCCUUUUUA